CUAUGGUGCAACACUGAGAGGGACCAUGUGGUGUUUGGAGCUGCUCGUCCCACUGCUGCUCGUCAUAAGAGAUGCCAGUUGCCAGUGGAAUGUCUGGUUACCUCGUGACAUCUCGGCCAUGACUAACUCCUGUGUGGUGAUCCCCUGCACCUUCAUGUACCCAGCGGGCAUCAGGCCGUACCGAGGCAUCCAUGGCAUCUGGUACUUUGGGCAGCCCUACCCUCAGCUCUUCCCUCCCGUAGUCUACAAAUCUCGCACAGACGUUGUACACGAGAGCUACAAAGGGCGCACCAAACUGCUGGGAGAUCUGCACCAGAGAAACUGCACUCUGCUUAUCAAUAAUGUGGGCUCCGAGCACUCAGGCCGAUACUACUUCCGCGCAGACCUCGGAGGAGCCAACAUGUACACGUAUCCAGACUUUUCAGAGCUCAAAGUUUUGGAUCAGCCCAACAUUGACGUCCCAGAGGAGAUUGUUAGCGAUGAGAGUCUGGAGCUGACGUGCUACGCUCCAGAUAACUGCCCCGAUAUGACCCCUGAGAUUGAGUGGCUGUACACAGACUACCUGCCCGACCCCUCCUUCAGCCCCGAGUACCUGGAGGAGGGCAACUCAGCUGUACUGUCCAACACGCUGACCUUUACCCCCAGACCCAUGCACAACGGGCAGCUGCUGGGUUGCAGGGUCACCUACCCCAACACCACCCUGGUGUACGAGAGGCUCAUCUCUCUGGACGUCAAGUAUGCCCCUCGCUCGGUGUGGGUGAACGUGUCCUCGGAGGUGAUGGAGGGCAGUUCUGUGGCGCUGCACUGUGAGGUGGACAGUAACCCGGCCCCUCGCAUCUCCUGGCUCUUCGGGGACAAAGAGCUGCUCUGGGACACGGCGUCCAACCUGUCCCUGUCUCUGGAGGACUUGACCCCCGCAGAGGAGGGCAUCUACACCUGUGUGGGAGACAAUGGAUUUGGUAUCAUGAACACCUCCCUCUACCUGGCCGUCAAGUAUCCUCCUCGAGAGCCUGUGGUGAAUGAGUCCAUGACGGUGGUGGAAGGAACUUCUCUGUCCCUUCACUGUAGCACCCAGGGGAGCCCUGCCCCUACCCUCACCUGGCUGAAAGAUGGGGAGCUGGUGGGCACCAUCACAGCAGAUGAGCUCUCUGUGCUGGAGCUGAAGGAGAUCAGCCCCCAGGCCGAUGGACACUACCGCUGUCUGGCUGAGAACGAGCACGGCCGGGCCAGCUCCUCCCUCAACAUCACCGUGGAGUAUGCCCCAGUCCUUCUGGAAGAGUCCAAGUGCACCGUGGUGAGGGAGGGAGUGCAGUGCGUGUGUAUAGCCACAGGGAACCCCGAGCCCACCAUAGAGUUCUACCUGCCCGACCUCAACGUCACCAUCAAUGAGACAGACAACCGCUACAACUACUACACGCAGGACGGACAGACCUCCACCGCCAUGAUCAAGCUCAGGGAGAAGGGGGAGAGGAGUGACAACAAUGGGCCCGCUGUCAAUGUUCACUGCAGCUUCUCCAACGCCUACGGACGAGAGAGCAUCCUCCUGGAGCUACAGCAGGAGAAGAAGUACCUGAUGGCUGUUAUAGUGGGUACCAUUGGAGGAGUGGCAGUCAUAGCCUUCAUUAUUGCAGCAGUUCGAUACGUGGGUCACAACAACAAGAAGUGA